GGUGCGUCGUUGCUCACUGAAAAGAUCUCCGGUGGUCGCGGAAAAAUACAAAACGGAGUCCCCCAUAAAAUUGCAAUUACAACUCAAUUACUCAAGUCAGGCCAAAGCUCCGCUUGAUCGAAAAAGAAACGUAAAAAAUAUACAUCAAAAUAAAAUCAAAUACUAUAUACCUGUUGCCGGCGUUUUGGGGCCGAUAGAAGAGAGAGAGGAACCCGAUAAAUGGGUCUCAUCUCGUCUUGGUAGAUUCCAAUCCCUUCGAUCUCCGAGAAGAUGCUUCACUGGUCCCUCAUCGUCAGCGCCCUGGGCGUCUGUGUGUCCGCCUUGGGCGGCUACUGCGGCUGGGUUCUCUUUCCCAGCAUGGUGCACAAGAAGGUGGAACAGAGCGUUAUCAUAGCCGAUGGAUCGGAACAAUAUAAACGCUUUGUGAAUCUGCCUCAGCCUUUGAACUUCAAAGUCUACAUAUUCAAUGUGACCAAUCCGGAUAGGAUACAACAAGGUGCCAUACCCAUAGUCGAAGAAAUAGGACCCUACGUUUACAAGCAGUUCAGGCAGAAGAAAGUGAAGCAUUUCUCCAGGGAUGGCUCUAAAAUCUCCUAUGUACAAAAUGUGCACUUUGACUUUGAUGCAGAUGCCUCCGCUCCCUACACCCAAGACGAUCGCAUAGUGGCCCUCAACAUGCACAUGAAUGCCUUCUUACAAGUAUUCGAAAGAGAAAUCACAGAUAUAUUUCAGGGUUUUGCCAAUCGGCUUAACUCCCGAUUGAAUCAAACUCCUGGCGUGCGAGUCCUUAAACGAUUGAUGGAACGUAUUCGAGGGAAACCGCCCAUCAGCUGGGUGGAGGGCAUCAUGAUCAGCCUUAUCGAUGGUGUCAAAUCUGUCCUGCAAAUCUCCGAGAAUGAUCCUGGUUUGGCUUUGCUUUUGGUCCACUUGAAUGCCAAUUUGAAGGCUGUCUUCAAUGAUCCCCGCUCCAUGUUUGUCCAGACUUCAGUGAGGGAAUAUCUGUUCGAUGGCGUGCGCUUCUGCAUAAAUCCCCAAGGCAUAGCCAAGGCCAUUUGCAAUCAGAUCAAGGAGAGUGGCUCCAAGACCAUUCGAGAGCAAAGCGAUGGCAGCCUGGCCUUUUCCUUCUUCGGACAUAAAAAUGGCUCUGGUCACGAUGUCUACGAGGUUCACACUGGCAAGGGCGAUGCCAUGAGGGUCCUGGAGAUCCAGAAGCUAGACGACUCGCACAACCUGCAGGUUUGGCUCAAUGCCAGCACGGAGGGAGAGACUUCUGUGUGCAACCAGAUCAAUGGAACAGAUGCCUCUGCCUAUCCACCCUUCCGUCAACGAGGGGAUUCCAUGUAUAUCUUUAGCGCGGAUAUCUGCAGAUCGGUGCAGCUGUUCUACCAAUCGGAUAUCCAGUAUCAGGGUAUACCUGGCUAUAGGUACUCUAUUGGCGAGAAUUUUAUAAACGAUAUUGGACCCGAACACGAUAACGAAUGCUUCUGUGUGGACAAGCUGGCGAAUGUGAUCAAGCGCAAAAAUGGAUGUCUAUAUGCAGGGGCAUUGGAUUUGACCACAUGUUUGGAUGCCCCUGUGAUUUUGACAUUGCCUCACAUGCUGGGCGCCUCGAAUGAGUACCGAAAAAUGAUACGAGGCCUGAAGCCAGAUGCCAAAAAGCAUCAGACUUUUGUCGAUGUGCAGUCGCUGACGGGCACGCCUUUGCAAGGCGGCAAGCGGGUUCAGUUCAAUAUGUUCCUCAAAAGCAUAAAUCGUAUAACCAUCACAGAGAACCUACCCACAGUGCUGAUGCCAGCCAUCUGGGUGGAGGAGGGCAUUCAACUUAACAGCGAAAUGGUGGCCUUCUUCAAGAAAAAGUUGAUCAACUCCUUGAAAACCCUCAAUAUCGUCCACUGGGGGACCUUGUGCGGUGGCUUAGCCGUGGCAGUUUUAAGUCUGCUGUACUAUAUCUAUCAAAGGGGGCGUGUCGAGGAGCCCCCUGUAAAGUAAGAUAUUAUCAAUAGAUGUGUAUUUGUUAUAGAGUGCUUUGUAUAAAUGUAUUUGUUAUAUUAUUAUGAUAAUUAUGGAUGUAACACACACACGCAGUUUUUGUCUACGAAUUUGUAUAUAAUUUAUUUUUUAAAUGUGAUUCUAUUGUAUUGUGAUUUAGCGUUUACUAAAAGAAACAAAAAAAAAACAAGAAAAACUA